AUGUCGCAACCUCAAUCCGCAUCACGCACAAUCCCCUCCUUCUAUCGCAUAUUCUUCACCAUCAUCGACCCUAUAAUCUGCCUCUGGGGCGCUUACAUGGACUUUUUCGAUCCUCGCAUGGUCCUUUCAUCCCACAUCCUGGCCGACACACCCGACACUGGGCACAUCAUGAUCCUCAAGCAGCGCGGCGGCGGCAUGCUCAACUUCGGCUUCAUGUCUGCCAUCCUCUUGCGGUAUACGCAGGAUAUUAAGAUCUGGCAUAUCGUUGAGAUUGGGUUGUUGAUGACUGAUUUGGCGUAUUUCCCGGCAGUUUACGGGGCGUUAAAGAGUCAGGGGAGAGUGCUGCCCGAGACGUGGAGGGCGGAGGAUUGGGGGAGUUUGGUGGUUACGGGGACAGUGACUUUGGUCAGGCUUGCGUUUCUGGCGAGGAUCGGUUUUGCGGAUGAUGAUGAGGGAACACAAAUGAAGAAGAAGCAGUGA